UGCCCCUUUUCAACACAUGUUAUUUGUCGGACCAUGCGUCCACGUGGUAUGUAUGCUGUAAAACUAUGCGAUAUAAGAUAUUCCCGCCCGACGUAGGAUGGGAUUGAAUGGGCAGUGAGAUGUAACUACAACGCUCUGGUUGCAACCUUUGUGGCAUUCUCCAGAAUCUCUAUCACACAGUACCUAAAGAUCUACGGGUUCUAAGUCGGUCUUUUAUUUCAAUCAUGUUGUUUUCUUCGGGCGCUUUUGGCGCUAUCUCCUUCCUCAGACUAAUGUCUGUUGUUCCUGUAAUUGGUUCAAGUUGUCCGACAGCCACGGCCGAACCCGCCCCCGCCUUCAGUAACCUCCGCCCUCUAUUAUCCUCUGGAGCCGAUCUCGUCCUCAAGGGCGAUCCCGAGUUUGACACUCUGACUAGCAGAUGGAGGGAGUGGCACUCGCCCAGCAUCAAUGCCGUGGUACAAGUUGCCACUGAGAAGGAUGUACAGGAAACAGUACGAUUUGCGAAACGUAACAACGUCCCGUUCGUCGGAAGAGCCGGUGGCCACGGCGCAACCGAGGCUCUAGCAAACGCGAAAAACGCCAUUCAGGUCGACUUUCGCAAGUUAAAUCAAGUGACGCUGAACGCAAAUGGUGAGACUGCCACAAUAGGCGGUGGUGCAACCGUGAAACAGAUCAUAGACGGACUUGCAGCGGGAGGAAAGCGAGCCGUGACUGGCAUCUGUGAAUGUGUCGGCAUAACCGCACCUAUCAUGGGAGGUGGCCACGGGUGGCUCCAGGGUCAGUACGGUCUUGCCGCAGACCAAGUCGUAUCGGCCCGGUUGGUGCUUACCAAUGGAGAUAUUGUCACCGUGUCCAACGAGUCAAACAAAGAUCUUUUCUGGGCCAUUAGAGGUGCAGGGCACAAUUUUGGGUUAGUAACGGAGUGGGAGUACCGCGUUCACAAUACGAAAGAGAACCAAUGGUCUUAUGAGAUUUUCAUCUACUCCCAAGAUAAGCUUGAGAGCCUUUAUGAACUGGCCAAUUCUAUGAUAAAGGAUCAACCAGCAGAGGCAAUCCACUGGGGAUACAUCGUCAAGGUUGAUGAGAUCGAUGCCAAUCAUCCCAUCUUGUGGUUCGGUGUUAUCUAUGAUGGUCCAACCGAAACGGCACGCGAAUAUGCUAAGCCAUUCCAUGGUCUCGAGCCUCUUAUGGUCCAAGCUGGUGAGGGAACCUUGCACGAUCUCGCCGUCAUUACGUUUCAGGACAAAAACGGUGCUGGCUGUGCCUAUGGGCUGACAUCUCUCCGCUACCCUAUCGGAUUGAAAUCAUUCGAUGUACCCGCUAUGCGCAAGGUGUAUGACCACAUAGAUGAGACAUUCCGCAACACCCCCGAAGUUGCUGGAUCGUUCUUCUUACUCGAGGGUUACUCAACUCAAGCUGUAGAAGCCGUUGAUGCAGGCUCCACGGCCUACCCACAUAGGGAUGACAAGAUCCUGGUGACUUCAUACGUACAGUACCAACCCAACUCAACUAUCGACCCCAUCGCAGAAAAGUUUGGGCAGACACUACGCAACAUUUUGCUCGAAGCAAGUGAUGAUCCAGUGCACCUUCGCGCUUACGUCAACUAUGCCAACGGCGACGAGCCACUUGAGGCCGUUUACGGCUGGGAGAAGUGGAGAUUAGAGAAGCUGAGGCAGCUCAAAAAGCAGUGGGAUCCCAAUAACAAGAUGAAGUAUUAUGUGCCCUUCGUGUAAUCGGAGCCAGCGAACAGUGCGGUGGCGCCCAGAAAGGCGUAAGACUGAAAGUUAUUCCUCACCUCGUAUAUUCGACAUUUUCGGUUAUACGUAAACAUCAAUGGGAGAAAUAAUUCGUUAGUUAAUUGAUUCCAACUUUAGUCUAUUAUAUCCAUGAAGAGAAUAUAGCCUAGGUCAGCUCUCGGAUCCUAAUUUACAGACUGAGGACGACGAAACCAUAGGGCAUGAAGGGUCUACAGUUGCAAAUAUUUGCGCGCUUCUGCAAGCAGGCUUUCUCUUAAUGACACAUUGCCAUAGGGGGUUUGUUACCCAGCAUAGCCUUCGCAGCAGACCUUUAUCCUAACCCUUUACGACUUCAUAGCCGGAUCCAACUUGAUAUCCCUCUAUAAGCAUUCUGCUACUCAAUUUAUUGAAUAUAUAAACUAGUUAAUCAUUUAAAUAAUACCCACGACAGCUAGUCCUACUUAAAAAUUCGUAUAUUAAUAAAAUCUAACCCUGAGCACUUACA